UCCAGGAGCACUGCGCAUGCUCAUCGUCGGGCACAUGGACCUCCAAUUCUGAUAACAGCUGAUCUUUCAUCAGCUGAUACAUAACCUACCUUUUUAAUUGGUAAACAAACCCGGUCAGCAGUAGAUGAAGACCGGGAAAUUAUCCAAAGAUGGAUCAACAAAUUGUGAAAAAAAUAUUCGAGAGCUGUGCCAGUGUUGUGAAAGAUCUCGAGAAGAAAAAAAUCGAGAAAGCUGUCGAUAGCUUUCCAGUGCUCGAUCAGGCGUCGAUCAGUGCACUUGCGAACUCCUUGAGCAAGUUAUUGUCUCACAAAGUGUCUCCAGAUGCCUAUCAAAGGUAUUCAGCGAGAAUUCAGAUAAUUGAGCUCAUGAGGGAUUGGAUCCAGCCCCCUGAGGGUCUCAGCCCUCACCCCACCUUCCACCAGAGUGAGAACAUGUCGGAAUUCAUCCUCAUUCUGAUGAAAAAAUACCUCAACCGAGACAUUCUCCAGAACAAAAACAACACUCCACAAAAUCUAGUCAAAUUAGGAAAAUUACUAUUUAAUUUAUCGAAGCAGAACGCAGUUUACACCCCUCAUUUAAAAAUAUUCCUCGAAAAAGUGGAGGGUUCUGAGCUGACCUGUAGUGAGGCUGACGAUUUCGUCGACGAUGUGCUGACUAGUCGAGAUCAAUUAGACCUACAGCCCUCUCUCACCGAUAAACUCCACAUUAUAAAAGCAAAACAAUUUAUCGAGACCCCUCUCAUCGAUAAUUUCAUCUUGAAUUUAGACAGGUUAAAAACUAAAACUGAAUUAUCCACUUCAGACAAUUUCGAGAGAAUGAUUAUUCUUAUUUCCUCGUCCUCGAGGCUCUUUCAACUGGCCUCUAACAUUCUCAAACAAUUAUUCAUACACUGUGAUUUUUCUUUAUUGGUGAUUGAUUACAUUCAAUUUGUAUUGAGAAAUGUACUGUCUCGUCGUGAUAGUAAAAAUAUGUCUCUCGAUCUCUAUCCAACGCACAUGCAAUCACACGUGUCAUUACUGAGGAUCGACAGUAAUUAUCACACUGAAAGUUCAAAGAAAUAUAUUCUCAAGUCACUCGGUGACAUGUACUUAAAAAAUACAGAGCAAGUUUUUAUUCUAAUGUUACACUAUCCAAAUUGGCUCGAGGAAUUGUCGAAUUACGUGAGAGCUUUUAUUUAA